AUGACUUCCUCCCACGGUUCAUUGGUAUUUCCUCGCAAGCUGGUUGAGAAAUACACGCGGAAGCCACACGGAAUACAAGUGAGUCAACGGGCCCAACACCUAUUGGGUCAACGAAACAAUACAACCACCAUUGAUUUCAUAAACCUUCUUCAUAUUUGUGCCUCCGAUUCACCGAAUCCGGUGUUGGUUCCAAAAGAACUAGAUCUUAAAGGCAUGAAGAACUACGGUGUAUUGUCUAGAGCUAUGAAGAUCUCUCUUGAAGCAAAGAACAAACGUGGUUUUUUUAUAGAACCCGUGAAAAACUAG